AUGAACAUAAACAUUAAGGAGGACAAGAACAUUUUAAAGGUAAUGCAGUUUUUUUAUCAACAUGUGCAAUUGGUUUAUAUGUUGUACUAUGAGGAAUAAGUGGAGAUUUCUUUUCCAAAUAUUUUGUACUAUUUGGACUUUAUGAUUAUACUUACUUUUAUAUUACUUAAUUUAUUAUUGAUUUUUCAGUAUUUAUAGCUUAUUAUGAUUAAUAAAGAAAAGAAGAUUCUAAAGCCAUAAAAUCUCUUUUACCUCCCAAUUCUAAAGAUUAAUCAUUUGAUUUAUUUAAUAAUUCAUUUAAAUCCUUAUUAUGA